AACCAGAAAAAUGAUACUGGUCAUACCGGAAUCUACCUUGCUUCUGCUUUUGGUCGAGCGCAUAUCAUAGACUCUUUGAUACAGUUUGGCGCUGAUGUCAAUAUGUCUGGGGGGAAGUAUGGAAAUCCUUUGCAGGCCGCCUGCUUCUCCGGACACACUGCAAUUGUACAGAAAUUGAUCGAUCAUGGCGCAGAUCCCCAAUUAACUGGACUGUUCGAUAAUGCACUGGCUGCUGCCUGCGUAGGGAACCGUGAGGAGGUCGCUCUGAUGCUUCUGAGAGAAUCUGUCAUUUCCACCCAAGAUGAAUAU